GUUUACCUUUACUACCAACUACAAUAUGUAAGUGGUUGUUAGAGCUUUUUAUAUUGUUAUUGAAAAGUAAGUGCAAUACCUAUACAUCGGAUACAAUAAGCAUUAAAGAGAAAAAAUGACGCUGAGACCGCAAGAAGUUGUACGUACAGAAGUGGAAGGUGAAUUGUCAGGGCCAGCAAAUUCUCUUACGCCCGAAUCAAUAGACUGCGGCUGCGGUGGUUAUAAAUUACCUCAACUAGCGAAAUUCGCAACGCGAAGAGUUUUCCUUAGUUUAUUAUGUACCAUUGGUUUUCUGCAAGCUACAUCACAAGCCUAUCUUUAUGUCGUCAGCUCCAGCAUUGCUAGGAGAUUCUUAAUUGAUCCAUAUUUAAUGGAAUGGAUUUUGUACCUUUCGGAAAUAGUUCCGCUCAUCAUCGGACUCGCUGUGGCUUACUGGGGAGAUAAAAUUCACAGAGCAUCAUGGUUGGGUGGUCUAACACUCAUCCAAUGCGCUGCACUUCUUUCGCUCAUUAUUCCUCAUAUAUCGCACUCAUCGGUCAAAGUCAUCGAAGACACUACCAAUGUCACUCAUAUGCCAACAGUGUAUUCAGAAGAGAGUCCAGAUCUUUGCAUGAAAAUGUUCGACAAACUCCUUACCAUAAAAAAUGCACCUCUCUACACAACAAUUUCCAUCUUAGUCAUCGUACAAAUAAUUACGGGAAUAGCUAAUGUCGCUUACUAUGCUUUAGGUAUAUCGUAUCUUGAUGACAAUUCUAAAAAAGAGCAGAUAGCUGUUUAUCUUGGUUUCAUAUUAGGCAUCAGGAUUUUAGGAAGUAUAUUAGGAUAUAUGGUCGGCUGGGGAUUCUUACGAAUAGAUGCAAACAGUCUUCAUUUAAUAACGUCAUAUAGAAGUCAAAUAGGCGCUUGGUGGCUUGGAUGGCCAAUUUUUGCAUUUUUGCUAAUGUUACCAGCUGUACCUAUGGCUAUUUUUCCAAGAAAACUACCAUCUGAGUUGGUUGAAGAAACUGCAGCGUCAAUUUUAGAUCAGUCCGGUACACUGAGACGCUCACAAAGAUUAACAGUGAAGAAAGUUGGAAGUCCAGAAUUCCUACCAUCAAUGAUUCGAUUGCUCACAAAUAAAAUUCUGAUCUUCAAUAUUCUCGCAGUAGUAUUUUUUGUAACGGCAUUGGUUAAUUUUAUGGUAAACGAGAAUAUUUACCUUGAAUCACGAUUUUAUGCUCCUCGACCAAAUGGAAUAUUAAUGGGGUUUGAAGAUCCUUUACUUUCACGCACUCUUACAACGAUAUUGAAGCCAUUCAUAGUUGGAUUAUCUGUAAUAAUUGCUGGUUUAGUAAUUGCUCGUGUUAAACCAAAUGUGAGAACAUUAAUCGUCUACGAUUUUAUUAUAUUGGGUAUUUCAGCUUUAGUUAUAUUUUCUCUUGCUUUUAAUAAUUGCGAAAAACCACCAAUUGUUGGUUAUAAAGUAAGAGGAUCAUUGUCACUUCCAGAGUACUGUAAUAGAGAUUGUCGAUGUUCUCAGGAUGCCGACUUCCGACCAAUUUGCGAUAAAAUAGGUAGUAAUACUUACUAUAGCCCUUGCCACGCUGGAUGUACAACUGUAACAUACGGUGACAAUAAAAUGUACGGCAAUUGUUCAUGUAUUCAAGAGAAGACAGGGUUGAUAGAUGGCGAGGCACACGACGGACCAUGUGGGUCUAAUUCAUGUCAAAUGGGAUGGAUUGUAUAUGAACUUUUUACUGUAAUUAUUUACGCCACAGCUUCAUCCACAAUAAUUGGUGAUCUACUAAUAAGUUUAAGAAGUAUUAAUCCACAAGAUAAAGCACUUACAAUAGGAUACGGUUUAAUGUUCUUAGGUUUAUUUGCCUAUAUUCUCGGUAAAAUUUCUUAUGACGAAUUAGCUAAGACAGCUUGCGUGCAUUGGGGAAUCGGCAAUAGCGUCUGUCAUUUACAUUCGUCGAGCCUAGGAUAUUAUUUAUGCUUCUUAACAGCUGGUCUUAUUGUUAUCAGUGCUUUAUUAAAAAUUGGAGUAUGGUUUUUCUGCAGAGACCUUGAAAUUUACGAUCUUAUCGUAGUAGAGGAACAACAACUACAAGAAAUGAAGGAAAUGUCACAAACUCAACAACCGCUUUUACAAUCCAAACCUGACGAGCCUAUGGAAGCGCAAUCAAUAGAAACUGUCGACAGUCACAUUGAACCAAUGGUAAUUAUAGAACACAAAAAACAAAGCAGAGAAAACGGUCCAAUUACUGAUGCGGUUGAAGGAGAAACAUCAGAAUCAAAAUUGCAAUAUGGACCCAUUGGACCAGGUCUUCGAAGAGUUACUGAAAAUCAACCUCAUAAUAUUAAUGCCGAUACUGAUGAUGAUUUGGAUAGUUCCGAUGGAAGCCAAAAUGCAACAAAAAUCUCCACUGAUCAAGUGUCUUAUAAGCCACUACAAGUAGAUUCAGAUUCAGAAUGCGAAUUAAAUGAAUCUGCAAGAAAACGUAUCCCAAGCAUCGAGGCCAGUAGAGCAGCGUUUCUUGGAUUAACAUCUCCUCAAGAAAUAUAUCCACCAUUUUCAAACAUGCGUUUCCCAAAUCCAGCUAAUUACGAGGAUCUACGAGCUGAAAGAAUAUCAAGAAAUAACAGUCCAAAUCCUGCUGCUGAUGGUUCUGUUAAAACUAACAGCUUAGAGUUUACAAGAAAACCUAAAGAGAAUAAAGACAAGUCCUUAUCAGCAUCUAGAGGAGACUUUAAUGAAGUAGGGAUUCCUUUAGUAGAAUCCUACGAAAGUACUGUUAAGGGUUCAACCAGCUCACUUCGAUCGCCUACAAUAAUGAUGGCUAUCCAACAUCUCGAUAGAAAUUCAAGUCGUGAGUUACUUGAACAAACUCGUUUUGUAUAUCAACCCAAAAUACAAAGUAACUCCGAAGAAGAUGAAGAAAAUCACAAAUUUCGAUUGGAAAAACUAAUGCAAUCUAUGAAUUAUUCACCCGACGGUCUUAGACCACCAUCUAGAGACCAGGCUUCAUCAGGAUUUGGAAGUCUCCAAGAUAUGCGAGAAAGAAUGCAAUCACACGGAGAAGACUCAAGAGACAGUUUAAGUUCAAAAUCGUCACUAUCGAGUCAAUCAUUAUCACCGAAGAAGAAAGGCGGUCCUCUUUGUACAGACCUAUGA